AUGGAUCACAACGACCCCUUCGGUACGGAUGAUUACUCGCCGGAUGACAGAGAACCCCGGCAUCGAUACUCGACUUUCGACACUCAGCUCUUUGCUCUCGGAAGCAAUGCCUCACCAGCCCAAGCAAAACGAGCCUUGGAAGCACAUCUUGCAGAAACAGAUCGGCGGAUGGAGGAAGCUGGAAAACUAGGUACCGCUUUGGUGCAACAGCGCAAGCAGCUCACGCAGCGGAUAGAGGAGAUUGAAAAGCUCCAUGCCGAGGCCGAGCUGUCUCAAGACUUGAGAGAGAAACUGGCCGAGAUAGAACGAGAUUACAAUGAUGUUGCAAGAGAGAGUGCGAAAGCGUUUCUUCCCAAGCCCAGAGUUCCUAGCAAUGAGGCCGCUGCUGCAUCAGGGGAAAGGCGCUCAGUUAGUCCCUCCAAAUUUGAAGCACAAGGCGGCUCACCGACCAAACUUACUUUGCCAAAUCGAAAGCUCCGGAACCAGCCAGCUAAUCGGGUCCACGACAUUGAGUUUGCUGCCGAAAUCAGUCAAUCUCUCAUUGUGCAAGUCAGGAAUCUGCAAGCCUUGCUCUCAGAGAAAGAGGAGGAACUCAAAGAUGUCAAGAUUGAGAAAUCCAAACUCGAAUACGAUGCGGAAUCGUUUCAGCAACGCCUCAAGUCUUUGGACGAAAGCCAAAAUCGAUACAAGGAUGAAAAUUGGAGUCUCGAGACACAGAUUCACGAGCUGUCUGCAGCACAAAGAGAAUCAGCAGACCGCGAGAAGAAGCUACAGCAAACCGUCAGCAUUCUGCAAGCAGAGAAGAACACUACCCAACGAGAACUAGAUGAGGUUAAGCUCAACCACUCCAAGUUGGCAGAGGAGCAUGCCGCAGCCGUGAAGCAUCACGAUACCGAGCUUGGCGCCGCAAAGAGGAACAUUGUUAUCGCCGAGUCCGAGCGGACAGCGCUAUUGCGGAAGGUCGAAGAUUUGACAGGGCAAAACCAGGAACUGGCCAAGGCAGUCUCGGCUCAGAGGGGCAGGGCACUUGAUCGACCCGAAGCUCAUGGAACCAGUGAUGAGGAUUUCCAAACCGCCAAUGACAAUGAUACCCCCGAACACUCUCCUCCGCCUUCGCCGAUCAAGGGCACGCCUCGCCACUCAUUGCUUGAAUCAGAAACGCUCAAGACCUCGCUGUCUCAUGCUCAACGCACUAUUCAGAGCUUGAGGACCAAUGUUCAUCGCGAGAAGACCGAGAAGCUCGAGCUUAGACGCAUGCUCCAAGAUGCGCGUGACGAGCUCGAAAAGGUUCGGGCCGACCCUAUGCCAAGCAGCAAACGAGAACGUCCCAGCAAAGCUACAUCUCGCGAUUUCAAAAAACCGCCGCGAUUACUUGGUGCCUUGCGAAGUGCUCGCAGCGAAAUCUUUGCACCAGCCGAGGACCCCGAAUGGGAAGACCAAACUCCCGGUUCCAGCCCCGAUCAGACAGCUGCCAUAAAACGCCGGCCAAGCCAAGUCUCGCCUGUCAUUGAAAGUGUCGAGACCGAUAACUUCGAAACAGCCAACGAGACUAGCGAUCAAGCGUUUGAGACUGCUAAUGAGCGAGAUGUCGAGACUGACGAUUUCCACACUGUCGCAGAGGAGUUCUCUAGCGAUGAUACCCAGACUGAGACUGAGAGCCCCAGCAAGCGUGCUACCUUGAGAGCAAGACCUCCACUUCAACCCUUAGGCCACGGGCGCAACAACUCAAUACACAGCACUGCUUCCACCGAGGAUGAAUAUGGAUUCGAUGACAGUCGUCCCUCGUCAUCCCACUUUCCUCCACUGCAAACCAAGUUCCCACUCCGUCUUGGUCGUGGAGCUCGUCGCCGGUCAAGACAAGGUAGCGAGGAUACGAUCUUCCGGGGUAGCUCUUCAGCCUUUGCCAAUGAAUCAAACCGAACUCCUCAACCGAAUCAGAGUCUCGCAGCUGAGCUGGGUGAUUUCGAUGGUAGCGACAAUGACUCCAACUUGUCAGCGACACCUAGCAAACGAAGCAUUCGCCUGUCUAGGCCUGGUUCGAUGAGGGGUCCCACUGCUUCGCCUCCUCCGCCAAUGCCCUAUCAACGCAGAAAUACCAUGGUUGAAAGUGGCACGAUGACAGAGCCCUUUAUAGAGUUUGCCCCGAGCUUUUCCUUCAACGCCGCUACCUCUGCACGACCUGCAUCCGCGCAUACAGUCGUCAGCCGUGUCUCAGAUAUCAGCGAUACUGGAACUGCGUAUUUGGAUGAGAGCCAUGCCAAGUUUCCAUCUUCUCCUUCAUCUGGAAAACGGGACUUUGCAGUAUCCAAUGUCCACGCUAAUGACCUGGCUCCUAUCGAGGAGACUGACAUGCACAUUGCUGAACUAGAGCAGCUCAGGGAGGCACACGCCAAACAGAUUGAAGAGUUGCAUUCUGAGAGGAACGCAGCUCACGUGUCCGCUUUGGCAGCUCUUGAAGCACAGCAUGCAGACUUGAUUGACCGCGCCAUAGCUGAAGCACGAUCGUCUCAUGAACGGGAGCUAGAGAUCCUCAAAUCUGACCAUAGCAAUGACAAGAGUGGUGCCCUCGCGGCUGCCCAUGAGGCUCAUGCUCGAGAGCUCGAGACACUCAGAUCAAGUCAUGCAGACGACAAGACCACUGCCAUCGCAGCGGCCAAGGCAGCGCAUCUGCAUGAGCUGGAAAAGCUGCAGUCCACGCACAAUGCAAAGAUUGCUCAGGCAGAGUCCGACUACCAGGCAGCUCAUGAUCGUGAAUUGGAAGCCCUCAAGGCUAGUCACGCUCAACAGCUCGAGGUCGCAACCAAUGCCAGCAAAGAAUCCCAUGCUGCCGAGUUGGAGUCUCUCGCUGCAGCACAUGCUGCCCAAAUUGAGCGCGCCAGAAAAGAAGUCAGCGAUAGUCAUGCACAGGCUGUGGAAUCCCUUAAAGCUGGCCACAACGCACAAGUCGAGCUCGCCAUGCAGAGCAGCGACGCCGCCCACGCGGCUGAUCUAGAGCGCCUCAAGGCUUCGCACCUCGAUCAGAUCAAACAAGUCAGAGAUGCCAUGAAUGCCGACAUUGAGCAUUUGAGGACUUCACAUCUUGCACAGCUCGAGCAAGUCAGGGGCGACGUAAGCGCUAGCCAUGCGCAAGAGCUCGAAGCUCUCAAGGCCACCCAUACUAGCCAGGUUGAGCAGCUCAAGAAGGACAACGACGCAGCUCAUGCUGCUGAGCUGGCAGCUCUCGCCGCUUUGCAUGCCAAGCAAUUGGAUACGUCUAAUGCUGAUAAUGAAGCUAGACUUGCUAAAGAAUUGGAUGUAUUGGCUACUUCUCACCGCGAACAGCUGGAAACUUCCAGAACAGAAGCCGAUGCCCAACUCACCAAGCAGCUCGGUGAUAUCAAGGCUGCACAUGCUGAUGAGCUGAGUGCUCUGCGAACAGAGAGUGAUGCUAAGUUGGUCGCUGAGCUGUCAGCGCUCAAGUUGGCGCACAGCAAUGCGUUGGAAUCUUCACAAGCAGAAGCUGAGAACAAAUUGGCACAAGAGAUUCGCACUCUCCAAGGCGAACACGCGAGACAAUUAGAAAAUGUCAAGUCAGAGGAGGCUGCCCGCCUGGCCCUCGAGACCGAAUCCCUUCGGGCUGCUCAUGCUAGGAAUCUUGAAGAGCUCGAGAAGGAGAAAGACAAGGCGCAUGCAUCUGAGUUGGCAGCACUAAACAAGACUCAUGCGGCACAACUCGAGCAGUCUCUAGCCAAGCGAGAUGCUGCUCACUCUGCUGAACUCGCGGCGCUGGCCAGCACACACGACAAACAGCUGGCAGUGGCUCGUUCGGAGGCGGAGGCCACAUUGGCCCGUGAGCUUGCAUCUCUCAAGGGCUCCCAUGCCAGUGAGCUCGAAACCAUCCGAAGUGAGCAUGCUGCAACGCACGCCAAAGAAUUGGAGACCUUUGAAGCGGCUCUCGCUAAGCAGCUCGAGUCGACCAAGUCUGAAGGCAAUGCAGCACACAACGAGCAAAUCCAGGCGUUGAAGGCGGCUAAUGCUGAGAUCGUUGAUGCGCACAAGCGUGACAGUCAACAAGCUCUGGAAAAGGCACUGGAGUCUGCCAGAGCCAGCCAUGACCGAGAACUCGAGAACCUCCGCAGUGAACACAUGGCUACCCAGUCAAGGCAUACAGACGAAUUGAGCUCCAAGCAUGCUGGUGAAUUGGCCGCUUUGGAAGCCGCGUUGGUUGCUGCUAAGGCCACGGAGCUUCAAGCUCUUUCUUCUCAACAUGACCAGCAUGUAGCUUCUGUUGAAGAUGAACAUGUCAAGGCCAAGGCAGCCGAACUCAGCAAGCUGACUGAACGCCAUGAGAAGGAACUUGAAUCAGCCAAGGCCGAAGCUGCUGCCACAAAGACGAAGGAAUUGGCAGCCCUGACCUCAAGCCAUCAACAAGAAAUUGAACUUCUGCGUGCCGAAGGCGCGUCUUCCAAGGACAAGGCAUUCCAAGAGCUCGUCUUCAGUCAUCAACAGGAGAUGGAGUCUCUUCAAGCUACGGCGUCUGCGUCGCGAGAUGUGGACCUUAAAGCGCUCUCGUCCCGGCACGAGGAAGACAUUGCCGCUAUCAAGGCCGAGGCUGCCACGUUGAAAGCCCAAGAUAUGGAGAGCUUGAAGGCGACCCAUACCGAGACGAUCAAGUCACUCAAGGCUGAGCAUGAAGAUGCAGUUGCCAAACUCGCUGCCGAGCUCGCCGCAAGUCAUGCUCUAGCACUGGAAACUCUCCGUUCCGAACAUGAAACUUCAAGAAGCGCCGACUUGGGAGAACUAGACGCAAAGCACAUUCAGGCUCUAGAUGAUCUUCGUCGCGACCAUGAAGUAUCUCGCAACCAAGCACUGGACCAGCUCAAAUCGGAACACUCUGCAUUCCUUGCCACUGUACGCACAGAUCAUCAAUCCUCAAUGGACGCCGCCAUCGAGGACCUUCAAACAAGUCACGCCAAGGCCGUUGCUUCUCUCAAGGACGGCCAUGCCACAUCCCUCCAAGAAGCUUUGUCUGCCAUUCAAUUCUCCCAUGCGACUGAGCUAGCAAGUCUCAAGUCUGCUAGUGAUGCUGCCCUUGUGGAUGCAUUGGAGAAGGCCAAUACUGAACAUGCGCAUGCUUUGGAGGCACAACAAGCGCAGAGUUUGGCAGAGCGUGAUAGGCUCCUCGCUAGCCAUGCACAGGAGCUUGAGGACCUCCGAAAAGCACUAACCUUGAUACCACCAACACUGGGCUAUUCGGCGAUGAGCAGCAUCGAAACAGAACCUAUUGCGGAGCCAGAAUCUCUUCGCAGCCCUAAGCGGGAUGCCUUCAUUCUCCCACGAGACCUAACCCACCCACAAACGCCACCGUACUCGACCACUGGGGUCAUGGGCAAGAAGAGCAAGGGUACUGAUACGCCAAUUAUUGCUGAAGACGAGACGCGCCAAUCCCCAACCGCCACCAACAACAGCCCAGAGACGCCCGAAUCUCAAAGGCCCUUUAAGGAGAUGUCCACAAACACCGACGUCCGCCCAGCUCGAAGAACCGUGCUCCCCACGGCGGAUCACGGCGCUCAGACGGCACUUACGUCAGAUGGCAUCGACAAGCUGCUCUCAAAGACACAACGUCGGGGUUCGCAAGACUCAAUGACACUUGGUGCAACAGCCGCCGAGAUUAUCAUCACUCCCUCUGACGAAAGGUCCUACUUGGGAAUAUACAAUGACCAGCCACAAGACAAGGGCAAGAAUAUCGCUGGGGCUGCCAACUCUGUACCUGCACGACGACCUGGCAGUUCAAGCAGUGCUCGAGGUUCCCAGCAAACCGCGCCACCACUUCCAGCAAAUCACAGAGAGGCCAUUGAAGCUGCGCGAACUGGAUCAUCGCAUGGGACCAAGACCGCUAUGGGACCGCCCUUGCUGCCAGCAUCUGCCUACAAGAACCCCCGCGAUCGACCGCAGUCACCUCUGUCUGGGCGUGGCACUCCCACUCCUCGGGCCACUAGAACCGGCUCGACACAAGGUUUGGCUGACGUACAAUCUUCUGCCAAGUUGAGCGUCCGCAGCCGACAGUCUUCCGUGUCAUCAUUUGCUUCAGAGAUCGAGUCCAGAUUUAAUAUCAGGAAUGAGAUGGGUAUCGGAGCUUCCAGCUUUGCUGGCCCCAACACAGAUCCUCGCAUGAUCCAGGCCAUCACACAAACCAUGAUUGGUGAAUAUUUGUGGAAGUAUACUCGCAAAGCGGGCCGUGGUGAGAUGUCAGAGAACCGACAUCGAAGAUACUUCUGGGUUCACCCCUACACCCGCACACUGUACUGGAGUGACCGCGACCCAGCAGUCGCUGGCCGCUCCGAGCUCCGAGCCAAGAGCAUACCUAUCGAGGCUGUCCGAGUGGUUGCUGAUGACAACCCCAUGCCACCUGGAUUGCACCGCAAGAGUCUGGUCAUCGUCUCCCCGGGACGUACAGUCAAGUUCACCUGUACAACAGGUCAGCGCCACGAGACCUGGUUCAACGCACUAUCGUACUUAUUGCUGCGCACUGGCGAUGAGAGCCAUGCCGACGCUGAAGACUUGGCUGGCAACAUUACUCAAGAAGAUGUGGAUGAGUUCAACCCUCCGUACGGAGCGAGUGCAGUCAAUGGUAACCGACGUGCGCCACCGUCUCUCUCGUCGUACAACUCCAGGACUACGCGAAAUGAGUCUCCCAAUCUUGAAGCCUCCAUGACCAUUCCGACCUUGACACCCACGCGUGAGAGGGAUUCGGCUGUCCGUCCGGGCACACUCGGCAGACUCAGCGGCUACUUGAACAGGACAAGCACGUCGGGCAGUAUCUUCAGCACUCUGAGAAGCAGGAGCCACGGCCCUCCAGCUGCUCAUGGCAGCGCAAUCUACGAGGCGAGCGAGGUCAAUGAUAGUGCUGAAGAACUGCGGCAAAUAAUCGAACAACAGGAGAGGGAGUCUGACAGACUCGAGAAUGUUCGAGCAUGUUGCGAUGGCAAACACGACGUAGGAACACUAUCUCGCAGCUCCAAGCGAAACCGCUCGGCCCAUGGUCACAGCCACAAUCAUUCGCACUCACACUCGCACUCACACUCACACCCUGAGCAAUCUACCACGCCGACACCUAUGAGCACUAUCAAAGCUAGAUCAUAA